GUUUGAAACAGAGGAAGGCAGAGAAGGGACCUGGGAGGAGGCAGAAGGAGGGCGGGGACGGGGGGCUGGGGCUCAGCCCAGGGGCUUGGGUGCAUCCUGGGCAGGGCAGGACAGGGGGCUGAGGUGUGGGUAGGAGAGAAUGCGACUCUCUAAAACCCUCGCCGACAUGGAUAUGGCUGACUACAGUGCUGCUCUGGAUCCAGCCUACACCACCCUGGAGUUUGAAAAUGUGCAGGUGUUGACCAUGGGCAAUGACACAUCCCCAUCUGAAGGCGCCAACCUCAAUUCAUCCAAUAGCCUGGGUGUCAGUGCCCUGUGCGCCAUCUGUGGCGAUCGGGCCACCGGCAAACACUACGGAGCCUCGAGCUGUGACGGCUGCAAGGGAUUCUUUAGGAGGAGCGUGAGGAAGAACCACAUGUACUCCUGCAGGUUUAGCCGGCAGUGCGUGGUAGACAAAGAUAAGAGGAACCAGUGUCGUUACUGUAGGCUCAAGAAGUGCUUCCGGGCUGGCAUGAAGAAGGAAGCCGUCCAAAAUGAACGGGACCGGAUCAGCACGCGGCGGUCAAGCUAUGAGGACAGCAGCCUGCCCUCCAUUAACGCGCUCCUGCAGGCGGAGGUCCUGUCCCAGCAGAUCACCUCCCCCAUCUCUGGGAUCAAUGGCGACAUUCGGGCAAAGAAGAUUGCCAACAUCACAGAUGUGUGUGAGUCUAUGAAAGAGCAGCUGUUGGUCCUGGUUGAGUGGGCCAAGUACAUCCCAGCCUUCUGCGAGCUUCUUCUGGAUGACCAGGUAGCACUGCUCAGAGCCCAUGCUGGCGAACAUCUGCUGCUCGGAGCCACCAAGAGGUCCAUGGUGUUCAAGGAUGUGCUUCUCCUAGGCAAUGACUACAUCGUCCCUCGGCACUGUCCGGAGCUAGCGGAGAUGAGCCGUGUGUCUGUCCGCAUCCUUGAUGAGCUGGUCCUGCCCUUCCAAGAGCUGCAGAUAGACGACAACGAAUAUGCCUGCCUCAAAGCCAUCAUCUUCUUCGACCCAGAUGCCAAGGGGCUGAGCGACCCAGGCAAGAUCAAGCGGCUGCGGUCGCAGGUGCAGGUGAGCCUAGAGGAUUACAUCAACGACCGGCAGUACGACUCUCGGGGCCGCUUUGGAGAGCUGCUGCUGCUGCUGCCCACCCUACAGAGCAUCACGUGGCAGAUGAUCGAGCAGAUUCAGUUCAUCAAACUCUUCGGCAUGGCCAAGAUUGACAACCUGCUGCAGGAGAUGCUGCUCGGAGGGUCUGCCAGUGAUGCACCCCACGCCCACCACCCCCUGCACCCUCACCUGAUGCAAGAACACAUGGGCACCAAUGUCAUAGUUGCCAACACGAUGCCCUCUCAUCUCAGCAAUGGACAGAUGUGUGAGUGGCCCCGACCCAGGGGGCAGGCAGCCACCCCCGAGACUCCACAGCCAUCACCACCAAGUGGCUCAGGAUCUGAAUCCUACAAGCUCCUGCCAGGAGCCAUCACCACCAUAGUCAAGCCUCCCUCCGCCAUCCCCCAGCCAACGAUCACCAAGCAAGAAGCCAUCUAGCAAGCCACUGGGGGUCGGGGCUCUGCUGGCUCAUACCCUCAGAGAGCUCCUGGGUGUAACUUAGUAUGGCAAAGAAGAUGUGACAAGAGGGACCAGUCCCAGAGCAGCUAUGGAAAGGGUGCAUGGCCCAAAAAAAAGGUGUGCCGAGGGUCACAUACACUGCCACCCCUGACCCCGCAUCUGGAGGGCGGGGCUUUGCCUUGAGGAGACCCAGCGGGGAAUGUCUCCCACUGCCUGGACUCCUCUCAAGUUGAAGCCGCUGUCUUUAUCUUCCUCCAUAUCUUCUUCCCUCAACUUCUUCACCCUUGAAGGACGGCUGUCUGCAGAUGCUGCAAGACCUUGUUUUUAAAACGACUCCCUUCUCUGCCAGCUGGGGCCUCUUCCUUCCUGGUGCUGGUCAGGGGGGCUGGAAACAAACCUUCUGAGGCUGGGUCAGCUUACAUUAUAGUAUUCCUCUCCUGGUGAGCCAACCUCAGGUGAUCGUUCUCUAUCGUUACCCUCCUCCACCACCUGACUUCUCCAAAGCCAUCUCUCUGGAGGCUGAGGAAGCCAUGGCAACUGUUUCCCCAUUCAUUCUGAGAACCUACUGUAAGCACUGACCUGGGUGAGACAGAGGGUAGGGGUCGCCAUCCCUCCUCUGCCAACGUCACUACGAUUCUUGCCUCUAGCACUAGGCUGUAACUUUGGAGUGAUAGGCCCGAUGGAGAACCACCUAAGGGUGGCAACCACAACAGAAUGUGGCGAGUGGAUGGCCGUCAUUGGGAAAGCAUCUAGAAAGAGGCAAGCUUUGCACCUGUCCCUAGACAGGGAAGGUAGGCUUCUGGAUAGCAGAGCAGGUAACACAGACCAGUUUAUUGGAGGACAGCCCGAGCAAAAGCCCAUAGGUAGGUAAAAUAGUAUGGGGGAGAGGGAAUGAAGAAGUCAGUUCCCAUGGAGUUGUGACAGGGCACACGCUAGGGUCCACUGAAUGACAAACUGAGGUCAGGGGUAGGUGCAGUGUGGAGCUGUCAGAAGAUGAAUACGGCAUCCUGAAGAGGUAGGAUGUGAGGAGGCCAUACUAGAGCCUGGGAAUGCAAUAAAGGGAUGGAUCAGAGUUCCCCCAGGGCUUGUCAAGCUCCUCCAUACUUUCUGAUGUCAUAAGACAAUAGAAAUCCACCGUCUCACAGAACCUUCCCUGUAACCCAGACAUUGUCAUGGAAGAUAUAAGUAGAGGGUCUUAACUGCCUCACAGGUAGCACUUGUUUCCCCUGGCAUGGAAUCCAGAGAGUUCCUCGUCCUUUACCCGUGUCAAAUCAAAUCCCGAGGCUUGCUCGCUCCAGAAAUGGCCAGCUAAGAGACUGUUCUAAAGUCCACUGGAAGUUAAGAAUCCCAUUCACUGAUAAUAGUAAAGUCGAUCCAUGACUCCUGUCCUUUUUUUCCGCUGAUCGACCCAAGUGUGGGUGAGGAGCAGCAGGCGUGGUUCCUGGAAGAGGGACCAGUCUAGUCUGGCAGUCAGGGCUGAGAGAGUUUGGGUGAGGGGCAGGAGAAGAACAAGAAAGCCUGGGUUUCAGCCUCACCUGAGGAGCUACAUUCAAGGUACAUUCUGAAGCUGCUCAUCACCAGCAGUCAACACUCUGCUCCUGGCUGACUCUUGAUGGCUUUGUGGAGCCCUUACAAAGUGCCACUGACCAAUGGGAACAAGAAAAAUGUCCCCUGGGCCUGUUGGUGUGCUAAGUGGAAGGAAUGAGCUGUGAGACUGGAGAGUUAUGGUCUAUCCUACUGAGUGGGUGGGGCUAGCACCCAGUGUCCAUCAAGGCUGAUCCUUCUGGGUGGAUGGGGCUAGCACUCCAGUGUCCAGAAAUUCCAGCCUGAAUGACAGGUCCUCUGAAAAAGAGGUGCGGAGGAGGAAUGGGGCCAGCUGCUUAAAGAAAAAGAACACCCACAGGCCAGGACUGUCAGGACAGCUUGAGUUAACCCCUCAAGCCAAGUCCUGGGUGUCAGGAGGAGCUUUUCCAUGCUCAGAGCCCUCAAGAUUCCUUGGCCACUCUCACUCCAGUGCCCCCAGAGACCCAGCCAGAUCGCUCAGAUUGCCCUGCAUGAAGGCAGGACAGCUGGACUCCCUCUAGUCCAUGUCUUUCCCACUCUUUGUCCCUCCAUCCCCAGUGUCGUCAUGAGAGGAGUAGGUAAUGUUGGCCUUCAGUGGUAGCAGUCUUCUGGGGCAGGGGUCAGCCGCUGCCCCAAUCUGAUUUCUGAAGGAGAAACCCAUUCCACAUUAAUAACUUUAUUACAAUACAGGAAACAUGAAAUAAAGGAAAGUUUACUCUUCUGAUUAUAAGCUGAGGAUACUAUGUUGCAGUUUUUUUUUCUUCUGAGCUUUGUUUCUAAUACAUGAUAUGACAGGACUAAGUACCAGCUGAUAGUGGACAGGGGUGGGCGCCACAGUUUUUCCCCAAGGGCAGCCUGUUUCUUCAAGGAGUUCUCAGAAGCUUUCAGGGUUCAGGAGGCUUCCCUGAGAGUAGACAGGAGAGGAUUAGAAGUGGGCAUCCUCAGUUCCUUGUGAUAACCACACCAUUUGCCUUUGCUAGAACUCUCUGUGACCUACCCUGGUAAAUUCAAAUCAUGAACUUCACCCCAAACAUUCAGAAGUAGGCUGAGUCCUGUCAGAUUAAUCUGCACCUUCCUGUGGUUGUGCAAACAUCACGCGGUCCUACACUGAUCCCCAAGUCCCCAUCAUCACUGCCUAAGGGGUUAAAAAGAAAAAAAAAAACCUCAAAAACCGUUCUUACUCCUGUGUUUUAGCAAAAAUUUAUCAACAAAAUAAAUGGUACAUAUGUUUUCUAA